GAAACUGCUAACUCAAAAUCUUAUGAGGGACCCAUCAGGGUCGCUUUGGAGGAAGCGGUGGCAGAGAAGGAGCCUGAAGUGGCUGAAGAGAAGAAAAAGAAGAAGAAGAUCAAAGAGAAGAGGGUUGAAGGAGAUGACGAAGCCCAUCCAAUCAAGAAAAAGGAAAGGAGGAUGGAUGAGAAGAGGGAAUGUAGGCGGAAGGAGAGGCGCCUGAAGAAGGAAGAAGAGAGGAAAAAGAGGGCUGAAAGCCCAGAACUAGACGGAGAAUCCACCUCCAUAAAAGGAGAUAAGAGGGAGUCAGCGCAAUUGAGAGAAUCAGUGUAA